GAAUCAAUUAAAGAUAUUACCAAAAGUACUACACCAUCAAUUUAUGAUCCUAUUACAAGAUUCCAAGUUUCUUAUCUCAAUAGAGGUGGUGGUUCUGGAAAGACAAUGCAUGCAAUUCGAAUCUUUAAAGAUAUAAACAUGGUAGUCUUUACUCUUACAAAUGUAUUGGCUAAAGACUUUCAAAAUAACCAUAAGACUCCUGAACGCAUGGGAGAAAAGAAAUUUCUACAAGUUGUCAUUUGGGAUAAAGUAAUCUGUUGUGGGGAUGACGCUCAACCUCCACCAUUCUUCGGUGAAAUACCUCAUGACUGGUUAAAAGAGCAAGCUGAUUACUAUAAGGAAGUCUUAACUGACUAUUGGGCCAGAUGUCCUAGAUUACAAGAGCUUAAGAAAAAAAAUACGACACCAAAAUAA